AUGCCAUCUCCAACACUGCUUCACUUCCAACAAGUUUCAAGACGCGCACGAAGAGCGACACGAAUGGUAGAAGAAGAGCAGCUCAUUCAGAAACCCAAGAAGGUCAAUAGCGAGAUUCGCAAGCAGCAAAACAGGAUUGCUUCGAGGAAUUACCGUGAAAAACGCAAGAAGAAGCUCCAGUACCUCCAACGGUUGGUUGAAGAAGGGUCAAACGAUGGUCAGACUCCAGAGCCCACACAGCAGCCGCAGCAAGCGCACGUUAGCUCUCAAGUCUCACAAAAUGACAUAGGGCUUGUAUCUCCGCCUUUUAUGCUACCUUCAGCCAGUGGCUUCGUACCAUUGAGUUCGAGCGGCAUUCCUGCGCUGGACCUAGCUGCGACAUCAAGCAGUACCACUUUUGACAGCCACGGACUGCCCACUACACAGACUUACCUACCAUUCGGGUCGUCCUGGAAUAGCCAAACACUUGACUCGCCGUCUCCAUCGAACACUGUAUACACACCAGCAUGGAUGAACAGCAUCGGCGGUAGAUCACGACCUACCCUGAGCCCAGAGACUUUCCACUUCUCGGCGCAAGCAAGCCAGGCAGUCUUUGAGACAACCACAGACUCCUACCACUGCGCUGGAGAAGUCACGCCUCAAGCCGAACAUUAUGCUCUCGACUCACCUUAUAUGAGCUACAACGCACCGCAAUCCCAAGCACCCAGUGCAUCCAGCUACUUCUUCCACGCCCCGCCACACCCUUUCGAGCGAUUCGUAUUCGUCUGA